AUGGGCGAACUAGAGGGCUCCCACGUCCCCGGCGUACCGCAAUACGAGCCGCCAGCCCUCCGGAAAUGGCUCGUCCUCGUCGUCGCGUGGAUGACCACCCUCGCUGGCCUGGCGGUCAUGGCCAGACUCUGGUGUAGAAGGAUACGAAAGCAGCAAUUCUGGUGGGACGACUACCUCAUCAUGUUUUCUACCGUAUGGAACUGGGCGGUCGUGGGCAUCGGAUUCGCCAUGUUCAUCGAAGGCGUGGGCUACCAUGCCGACACGAUUGGCGAGAAAGCCGUGGCCAAUAUAUCAAAGUGGCUGCUCGUAACGGAAAUUAUAUACGUGUGGAACUUGGCGUGGACGAAGCUCAGCCUCUUGUGCAUGUACUAUCGCAUUUUCCGGUUUCCGUUUUUUAAAAAGCAGGUGAUUUGCGUGGGGGCCUAUGUUGUAAUCUGGGCGGUUUGCGUGUCGUUUCUCUUCACGUUUAUUUGUGUGCCGGUCGAGAAGCUGUGGCAUCCGGAUAUAGAGGGCCGGUGUGUGAGCGAAUUGGGGGUGUGGUUGGCGAAUGCGAGCUCGACUAUCUUCUCGGACGUUAUUAUCCUGCUGUUGCCGAUCCCACAGGUGUGGAGGCUGCAGUUGAAGACGUUUGAAAAGGUUGGUCUGACGCUCGUGUUUGGCCUGGGCUUCUUCGCCGUCUUUGCAUCCUCAUACCGCACAUGGGUCCUCUUCAACUACUCCAAACACGAUGUUAGCUACACGCUCGCCCCGCUGCUCGCAUGGUCCGACAUCGAAAUGUCCGCCGGCAUCAUAUCCGCCUGCCUCCCGACGAUGCGGCCCCUCGUACGGCUGACCAGCGAGAAACUCGGUCUACGAAAAGUAUUUCGACUAUCAAGAUUCACUCGCUCUUCGGCAGAUCGGUCGCAGGACCCCAACGCCAGCGACGUGAAGAGGUCGAAUCGGAGUGAUAGCCGUGGGGAGAUUGAGCUGCCUAGCUUUGUUACGCCGCAGUCGCUCCGUGUGACGGCCGAGUCGACGAGGCGGCAGGACAGGAAUAGCAGUGCGUUUUAUAGACUGCCGGAUGAUGAUCGUGGAUUUGAUGGGAUACUCGUGGAGACGAGUCUUGAGUGGGGGCUCGAGUCGGAGGGUAAGGCUGGUGCUGCGGGCGCGCAGGUUACAGAGGUUCAGAGGACGAGGAAUGAGACGGCGUAUGAUAGUAGUAGUAGUGUUGAGAUGGAUGGGCUGAGUGCCGCGACGAGUAAAAGUGAGGUUCCUAUGAAGAGGGGGAAGUAA